CAUGGAUUCGAGCAUUCACCUACAGCACUUGCCGAAUUGUCCUUCAAUUUUGAGAGCGCCUGCCAAUUUGUCCUUUUGUGUGGGAACUUCGCCUCGGGACCGGCACAACUGCCCGACGUUCAACGGCUCAAUUAAAUUUCCUCAGCACAAGUGACAACAGCUCGAUCUCUCAGCCAUGCCUCAGGCGGAUAGUGUCCUAAGCUUUGUGCAAGGCGUUAGCGCUGUGGCUGUUCAGGCGUGCGGUCUAACUCAUAUACCCAUUCUGUCCUUCGCUGCUUCCAUCUUCAAGACAACCAUUGAUCAGGUGCAGUUUAUACAAGGUCAAAAAGAGCAAGCGCUUGCGAUAGUUGAUCUAAUAGCGAUGGUGCUACUUUCCGUGAACAAGAAGUUGUCCAGCCUAAAGGAGUUUGGGUUGGAGGUCCCAGAAGUGAUGCUAGAGAACAUCAAUAGGCUGGAACAAACUCUGAUGGAGGUUCAGGAAGAGUUCAAUAAUCUUACUCAGAAGAACUUCUGGAGGCGGUUGCUCAAAAAGGACCGGAUGGCCUCCGUUCUCACUCGACACCAACAUUCUGUGGUGGUUUAUCUCCAGAUAUUCCAGCUUGAAGCGGAAAUCGAUGCCACUACAUGGGCCGAUCGAGAUCGCAAAGCACGGCAAGCUGAUGCCCAAAAUAUGAAUGAACUGCUCAUGAAAAUAGCUUCUAACCAACAAGCACUGGCGGACCUCAUUCAAAAAGAUGCUCGUGGCGCACCUGAUUUGGGCGAAGUGAAGGAAGUCAUGCACUUGACAUCGAGACUUGGUCGUGCUGCUCCUCCCGGCUCUGUAGAAGCCAAGUUUUACAAAGCAGCACAUCGGAAGAUGGUUUCUCUGUCAGGGAGAGGCGAUGAAGAAACACGACUUUGGAUGAUCAGUUACCUUGAAGUUGACAUUGAGGAAGAAAUCGGGUCUGGGGGUUUUAGCCGAGUUCACAAAGGAAAAUGGAAUGGCGAAGAGAUCGCAGUAAAAGUGCUUACCGAAGGUACCUCCGAGAAGGCCCUGAUGAAAGAGGCAGAAACUUGGAGUCGACUUGACCAUCCUCGCAUCCACCGUUUUUACCGGGCUUGCGCCAACCCUAACAGGCCAAUAUUAGUGUCAGCGUACUAUCCCAACGGGGAUGCACUGAACUACUUAUCCAAACAUCCCGACGCAAAUCGGGCAGAGGUGAUGCGGGGAAUUGCUUCUGGAAUGAAAUAUCUGCAUUCCGAGAGCGUCUUACAUGGAGAUCUGAAAGCGCUUAAUGUACUAAUAGACGAUCGGGGAGGGGCAUGUAUAAGCGAUUUUGGCAUGGCGUUCAUCAAAAUGGAAUCCAGUCGCACCACAGCGGUCCGCCAGAAUGAGAAAGCCGAGGGGACGCUUCGAUGGAUGGCGCCUGAGAGAUUGGACAACGGUGGACUUACCCGUGAGGUGGAUGUGUAUGCCUACGCAAUGACAUGCUUUGAGAUCAUGACGGAUGAAGUGCCGUUUGGUUUUAUAAAUGAGAAUCAGAUCGUCCGCACGGUUCGCGAAGGGAUGCGGCCAAAACGACCCAAAAACAGUCUCCCCGACCUCACUAAUGAAGUGUGGGAACUGAUGGAGCGCUGCUGGGCCCAGAAUCCCGAAAGCCGACCUGACUUCGCUUCCAUCCUUGAAGACUGUGAUGAAAUAUGCAGAAGAAACCGAGCAUCCACCACUGCCAGCGUCCCUUCCCACAAUCCGCCUUCGACGCAAGUAGACAGUGCAAAAACCAAUCCAUCCAGUAACACCCGCUGGUCCCUUCCUGCGCAGUCGCCAGUCACUCCCACGGCUUCUUUCUCAAUACUCACACCCUCUCCUGCCGUUGCAACCGAGCCGACGCCCAUUGAAGUCUGGGAUGUUGCUGCCGGGAAUCAAUUCAUUGGCCAGGCCGAUGGAGCCGAGGAACUGGAGCGUAAGCGGAAGGAAAUGGAGGCUCGAGACCACGAGAUGGCUCUUUCCCUAUCUAGGCUCGACCUUGCCAAUACAGCUAGUCGAGGUCCCUCUCCAUCCCCUUCAAGUCCGCCGACAUUCACAUCCCAAACAUCACCAUCUGUUAACGAACCUUAUUUUGGGGAGUAAGUUAGACACAACUGUCCCACCUGAUAUGAACUUAUUCAAUGUUGCAUUGUUGUGCCAAGGAUGUCUCUACCAAGUGGAUGGGAGCAGCGCUUCACUGAAACCGGAAGACCCUAUUUUGUAGAUCAUAAUGCUCGGACAACAUCUUGGAGAGA